AUGUCAACUGCGAAGACUGAAAAUGGGGGCGAAACCGCGUAUGGUGGGGCGGAGGGCCCGGAUGCCAUGUACGUUAAACUAGUUUCUUCUGAUGAACAUGAAUUCUACAUUAAACGUGAAUUUGCCCUCACGAGCGGUACAAUUAAAGCAAUGUUGUCGGGCCCUGGUAAGUAUAACACCCGUCCUUUCAUACGUUUUGACCUGUUAAAUAGGCCCUACAAAUCAUUUUUGGCACUAUUUUCCUGUUGAAACUGCAUGCUAUUCAACUAACGUACGGAACUUCUCACAAAAAAAUUUUCCAUCAUUUUUGAACCAACCAUUUUGAACCAACCGCAAUUGCGGUUGGAAGCUAGCUAGAUCUGGCUUCCCACCGUCUAGAAUGCCUUGAGUCUUAGUUAUUAUGUAUCCCGCAGACUAUCUUGCUAUGCCCUCGAUCUUUUGUGUUUUGUCUUCAAAAAUCAGUUUACCGUGGGCGGUUUCGUAGCAGGUUACAUUUCCACAUUGAGCUGCUGUAGAUGCCUAACGUUCUCCAAUGCAAAUGCAUUUCAAGUCUUAUCUCGGAUUGUCUAUUUAGUAAAAGUAAAGAGUGGAUUAGUUACCGUGGAGAUUGGGUCCUUGCCGUUUACGCCGGCGAAAAUUACGCACGCAAUUGCAUAUAACGAUACCAUUCAAAGUCCACUUGAAUAAAACUACUUAUUAUGACAUACAUCACUCAAGGUAUCGGUACUAAGUAUGACCUAAUUGACAGUUAUACAUGCUUACCAUGUCACCGUGACGUCGUCUGAUUGCGGAUUUUUCGCGUCAACGGUCUCUCUCUGACUGCCGCUGUUGAUUCGCAACUGCCUGUUUACCAAACAUAAGCCAGCUUAUUUCACAGCGUACCUUCAUUGAAGGUUAUUUUAUCGUCCGUUAGCCGUGAGUGCGUCGGUUAGCCGACAGCUAGACUAACAGGCAGAUCUCGACAGCCCAUUAUUUCUGCCCAUUAUGCUUAGCCGACUUUGCCGUCAUUUCCCGUAUUUGACGGAAUAAAUCAUCAUUGCGGGAUAUGGCUCGAGUCGUCUGAGCAGACAACUGCAGGGUUCGUCUACUGAUUCAGUCACUACAACGCUGCUGGGUGAAUCCAAGAAUUUGGCCAGCUGCCCCAGAGACUGGUGACUCCAAUUAAGACCGUUGGCCACAGCCUUCUCUGUCGACUCUGGUUGUAAAAGGGGCCCGGAUUUCUGUAUGGAGUCUCUCAAGUGCAUUUUGGAUGCAACUGAGAGGUGAACUUUCGAGCGUGUGCAGACGAGAGAAUUUUCAAACCCAUAGGCGUUACCAGUUUCGGCACCACGCAUCGAUCUGCCAUCGUGAACCUAGCUGCGAAACCUUCAACCGACCGGAAUGUAGUCUACGUGAUUGACUAUAUGCCUGUCGUCUGAGAACCGGGUCAACAGAUGUUUGUGGCGAUGCUGGAAGCACGUGUUGGUGACAAGCAAUAGACUUCGAUCGGCAGGAUCCAGCAUCCUGUCACCCUUAUCUCAUCAGGAGCCAAGCCCAAAGUGACCAAUAAGGUGACUGUUUGAAGAGUCGCCAGGUUCAGACCGGCCAUCCCAGUCCCCGGAAACAAUCAGCAGAUUAAGGCGUUCGUGUCUUUAAACGAAUUCCCAAAGCUGCAGGCAGAAGGUUCCUUUAUCACGGGGUUCGGCUGCUGAUGUUGGUGUGUACACGGAGACGACAAAGAUGUUUGUAAAGUGACCAUUCAGUUUCACGUAACUCAUCCGGCUAUUGGCUCGUCCCCAUGCGGGGUUUGCCUAUUCAGAGAGGGCAAUAGCCACACAGUGUCCACCUGAAGAGUUGCUUGGGUCGCGGUGGUACAGGCUGGGGUGUGACUUGACUCCCGGGACCUUUAUCCCCCGAGCGCCGGAUAAAGUGGUGUUCCAUCAUUUAAGGUCUUUAAGUUAUCGCCAUUCCAGACGUCAAACUACUUAGGAGGCUUUUAACACGAUGGAAAUCAGCGCCUGACACCUUGUAAACGACAUCGAUCAGUGCCAGUAAACGCUCGAUGCUCAAACCUGACCUUUCGGAACGGAAGCUGGCAGUUUUCACCGACUAAGCUUAAGCAAAAUCCUUCCAGACUGAAAUAUACCUCUUAAGGAGGCCCUGUGGAAAAGUCGGAGAGCCAGAGGUAUUCGGACUUGACCUCUUGCUUAACCAACAGAUGGAGGAUCAUUUUACAUUUACAUUUUCUUCCGUCCUGCGAACCCGAGUGAGGAUCAACGCGUCACAGAAGUCACUAUUUUCCGGAAUGCCCCGUUUUUGAACUGUAAAUGCCAGCUGCCCAGGAUAAGAAAGAACCGCUCCUUUUUUGCGACUGCAUUUAGGCUGCCUGUUACAGACGUGCCCGAAUGUGGCGGUCGUCGCAGCAGUUAACAUCGUCAUUCUGCCGACGUUGUCCUUGCCUACUUAGAAUUGCCAGGCAAGGCACAGUCGCUGGAACAAGUCCUUUAUUAGCCUUACUUUUCGGAUUCUCACACGAGUCCAUCAUCAGAAACAAAGUCAGAUAAGAGUCAGAGAAGUGCCACUUGGUGGUGAUGAAAGACCCAAAUCACUUGUCGACGGACACUGGUACUAGUCACGAUAUUGGCCCGACGUAGUUACCGACCAAACACACACACCGCCCAAAACAAAUAAUUAAAGGCACUUGUCUUUAGAAGACCAGUAGGCGGGCGUAGACGCGUUUUCAAUGAAGUGAAGCUGUAACUGUCAUAAAUUACCACACUUACCUAGAUUAGUUAGAUUUUCGUACUGCAUGCACUUUUGUUGGUCAGUUAUGGGAACGGCAAUCCGCUUUCUCUGCCUACCUGUGGAGACAAUUUUCCGGUUUGAUCACAAUGUAAGGUGCAGGUGUAGACUUUUUGCUAUCUCAAAAGUCGACCUUAUCUUUCGGGGCGUACGGACUGAAUGCAUGGAUCGGCCGUUGUUUGCGCAAGAAUCCCCUUGGGGAAAAAUUCCGAAUAUUCGUUCGUCCAUUGAUUGGGCAGUGCGUAUGAGCAAGGGCAUCACGAGUCCUCGAUGUUGAUUGGUUGCGAGAUUAUACGCGUGACAGUUCCAAUUAGCAUAUCAGUUUGAUUGUCAAGUGGAAAAAUAUCACGAAUAAGUGGAGCAGACGGCAGCAAUCGAAACGGGAUGAUGACAUGCAGUGGAUGCCCUCUACCGCAAGUUCGAAAGGUUGCCUACUUACGACAUGUACCGUACGUCUGACGCAAAACGUACACUCUCGAUGAAUAUUUGCAAAACCAGCGUUAAGUGGGAUACAUUUCUUAUUAAAAAUGUAGCAGAACCUGCAGACGCCGUUCGAUUGUUUUAUCUAGACCUGUUUUAGAACUGCUCUCCGUUUUUAUAUAGGCCCAACUGGUAACACUGAUCAGUAGAAUCGCAAACACCAGGGAACAUUUGAUUUCGUAUUUGAAUGCGUUCUUCCUCACUGAUCACUCAAUUAAGCGACUAUUGCCGGUUUUGUAGCAUUGGCUUAAUGCAUUUACUAUUCUCCUACAAAGUUUAUGUACGCGAGGUCUAGUUAACGAGGAGAGUAUUCUGUGUCAUCUCUUCGUUCAGUCUAACCGUUCGGGAAAAAUGCAUGAAGGUGGAUUCUUGCUCCACGAUGGUAGUGCGGAGUGCCGCCUUUUGCUAAAAAUAUAACUUGUCAACUUCAGGGGCCUCUAUGAUACGUUGCACGAGAGAUUGUAAAUGGGAUCAGUUACAGCAGCAUCAAAAAGGAUAACCCAAUUAAUCCUUUUAAUGAUAGUUCACACCACACCGCGUCUCGCCAUCACAUUCCACAGUAAGUAUGGUUGCGGUGGUUAGUUGGGCAUUUGAUUUGAAUGUAGCCCCAUGACACCACACAGUCUUUCUUGGAAAGUAUGCAUUAUAAAAAAGGGAAGAGGUUCUUCGGCAAAAAUCGAGUUGUACUCGUGAAUUUUCGAAUUGGUGACACCAACCCCUUCCCCCUUCCUGCCAUCCCGGCUCAGAACCCAGCAUGACUCCCUACCCCCAUCCCUCCUCACACGCUAAUGGUCCGCCCGUCAAUGUUUGCCCUGUCGCGUCUACUAGUCUAGUGUGACUGUCUCACUCUCUCUUUUCUCUUCAUUUCGUCUGACGACGGGUUGGUGUCACCAAUUCGAAAAUUCACGAGUACAACUCGAUUUUUUCUGAAGAACCUCUUCCCUUUUCAUUAUAUCGUCCCGGAAUGCCUACCACUUCUACUCUACAGGAUGUAUUAUACUUUACGGGUCGUCUUCGCUGGCAACAUAGACCAAUCUUGCGACGUAACUUUUAUGUUGGCAGGCGCUUUGAAAUACGGUGAGCAGAGGAUUUUGGAAGAAACGCUGGACAAGCUAUCAGUUUUUAGGGUGCGCAUGCAUUUUUUGGGACACCCUGUAUAUUUGAAGCAGUAUUUCAUCAGUAUGAAUUUGAAACGGACAUACACAGCAGAAUUUAUUGGAACCAACAAAUUUCGCUACGGCUUAUCAGCCGCAACCUGCCGCUGUGUAACACAGAUAACGAGCAACAAAGAUACAACGAUUUGAAUUGCCAUAGAAAAAAACCAAUUCAAAACAGCGAGGUCAUCGUUUACUGCACCCAGACUAAUUAAUGAAAGUGAUAACUUAGGAACUCAUCUUUGGAAAGGAAAGUUGGGGAAGUUAGCAUUCAGAGGGGGGGGCGCAAAUCAGUGGGCUGAGAUCUACCAGGACAAGCUGAGGUUGGCCACGUGGUCCAAAUGGUUGCAUAGGUCGGACACUUCCCGAACUAUGUAGACCACCACUGCCUGAGGGCCAUCCUUCGAGUGAAGUUCACCGACUUCGUCUCAAAUGAGACAGUCCGCGCUCGUUGCGACAACAUCGCGAGGAUAACUCGGACCGUCCAAGAAAGACGACUGAGAUGGUUCGGGCAUGCUCUUCGUCGUCCACUUCAGGAGCUCAGUGUUACUGCCCUCGAUCCGGCACCGUUGCCCCAUUGGAGACGUCGAAGAGGGGGUCAGUUCAAAACCUGGCUCGACACAGUUCGUCAAGACAUGGAGGUGGUUCUUGGACCUUCGGUAUUCGGUCUCCGUCGUUGGCGAAGGGAAUAGGUUGAGCUGUCCAAAUCUGCUGUUACCGCGGAUCGUCACGCGUGGAGAGGUACAGUUCGUGACAUUUAAAAUGUCGUUAUUCAUAAAUGGUAUGGAUAUGACAACGGGCUUUUUUGGAACUGAUUGUUCCGUCAAUUUCGGCCGUAAGGUAUUGCUGUACUUCUGGGUGAAAUGUGUCGGAUAUCCACUUCCCAAGCAAGGUUGUUUUGAGGCAAGAAAUUUCUGCAUUCAGUCUCUCAAUAGAGCGGAUGUUUCUCGCUCUUUGGAAAAGAUUGUAAACGGGGUUUCGUCUUCGUUGUAUCGACAUAAAGCCAAGGAAGUGUAGGUAUUGACAUUUCCAUGUAUCCUUAUGAGAAAUCCGAUCGCCCUAUUUAACCAUCUUCAUGUAUACUCAUGAGGACGUCCAGGAAAGGUAGUUUGUUGCGCUGCUCCUUUCCCAUUGGGAAUUUGAUCUUUGGGUGGAAACUACUCAAAGCAACAAGUAGGUCAUCCACAAUCGCAAAUAUGUAUCUUCUGUGUUUUCAUGAUCAAGUUAGAUGACAACUUUUCUUCAAGGGGACUCCUUUCCCUGGUAAAUCGCAGUCCUCUGAUCUACACACCCCGUCUGCAUGCCAACUUCCUCACUUUUUCUUUCCCUAGAUGAGUUCUUACGUUACCAUUUUCGUUGAUUAUAGCUUUUUAAUUUCCUUAGAAAUUAACUGCGAACUUGCAGUACAUCAGUACAUUUAAGGUCUAUAGGCCCAGACCUCGGCUCUUAUGUGUGAAUAUUUAGGCCGAAGUCCAUCAGCCACGGCGGAUAACCGCGUAAUAUUCAUUACCUAAAUUGGAGUAUCUACCAGAAUGCAGACAGGGAAUUUUGGGGGCUCACUGAGGGGCCGAAGCCCUCGCCACUGUGCUAUUCAGCGCAGAAUAUCGGUGAAACACGCGUGUAUGAGCUUUUGGCUAGUACUGUGCUGUUAGUGUGGAAUUACCUUUCAGUGACUAGUCUGUGUGCAGUAAGCAAUGACCUUGAUGUUUUGCAUUGAAUUUUUGGCUAGAUUGCAGUUGGUAGCCAGGCUCCGUAUUACAGGUGACUGGAGGGGGGGGGGUUUGUUUACUGGGGCUAUUUUGUGGGGUUCCAUAAUCACAUCUGACCCAUUUGGCUUCCGUUUUAGGUUUGAGGUUAGGAUUAGGAUACCGGUUGAUGGUUUCCGAUUUUCGGGUUAGGGUUAUGCCUUUUAGCUUAGGUUUUCGGGUUACGGUUAGGGUUUGAGAGUACGAUUAGGUUUAAGUAUUACGGUUAGGUUUUUAAAUUACGGCUAUGUCAAAGGGCUACGGUUCCGUUUACGAUUUCUGUUAGGGUUGCCGUUAAGGUUAACGGUUAGCGUUUAAGUUUAAGGUUAGGAUUAGGGUUAAGGUCGCCGUCCGCUUCCUCAUGGGAAUUCAAAUCGCGUUAUCUUCCUCAUUCGUUAUCUGUGUUAUACACCGACAGGUUGCAGUUGAUAAGCCGUCGUGAAUUUUUUCUGGUUCCAAUAAAUUCUGCCUCUUUCAAGCACCCUGUAUAUGUCUAUGCCUCUCAUGGGAUGCCCUAAAAUUUGCCAGAAGGUCCGUAUGAUUCGGAGCCCGCACACUCCGCUCUUGCUGAACAUCUAAGAACAUUUAUCGAGAUUCAAAAUGUGCGGAAGACUCAAGCACACGAAAAGGAGAGAAUAAUGAAACCAAUGACUCAUGCACAAUUUUGAUACUUUGUGGAUCGUUUUUUUACAUAUAGUACAGUUUGUAUUGGUUCCUUAAUUAUAAUUAUUAGGCGAGCAAUCAAGUUUUGCCUUUCUCGAAAGCGUCUCCCCUGUACUGGGUUCCUUUCGUCAGCGCAAAAGUGUUUUCAAUGGAAUUUAGGUCUGGGCUUUUCGCAGAAAUGAAGAUUGUUUCCAAGGUCUCAGGCAGAACGAUUGGCUGUUGUCUACGGCAUCAUAUUUUUGUGGUAGGCGUUGCUAGAAACGCGCCUCUCUUGACCGGUGAACAGGAGGGUUUUCUUGCGAAAUUGUAUCAUCCACCUUGCGGUGUCAACUAACACCUCUCUACUGAUGACAAACUUUGUUGUUUACCAGAUGGGCCGCGCACGAUUUGACGGUCAUUGAAACCACCCGAAUGUGCGUUUGCGCAAUAUGGUCGGGUAGGAAGUUCUUCUCGCAAACGACCGCCUAGGCUACCAGACGCAGGCUUGUCUCCAGGAAGACCUUAUCGAAGAAGUAGAUGGUCUUUUAUAAAUGAACAUCUUUGUAGAAUGCCAAACUGUUGUUUUUUUUUCUGACCAUGUUCAUGCGUUUCCCAGCACACAAUGCCACAAAUUUACGAAUCGGAAUUUUUGAAGUCGAUCUUGUUCCUUGUUUCCUGAGAGGAAUACGAUUUUUCAUAUCGGGCAUCACCUGAUUCCCUUGGGGUCGACAUUUCAUUUUUUAAGUUCUGGAAGGCACUUAGUGUAGUCUUUGCUCGCUUGUAGUAAUGCCCUUUCACAACGAAAUGUGCUCAAACAUGCGACUCUGAGCUGUGACACCCAGCACGAUAGGGAAUCACCUGUAUACAAAAAAGGGUUGACUUUUGUUAAAUAAUGCGUUGGACCUCAAGCACUCCUUGCACUCCACGUGAGUCUCAUAAGUAAAAAAAGUGAGAAUAUUCCAUGUGAUUAAGGAGAAGCGGAUGCGAUCGCUGGAACAAGAAUUUCAUUCGCCUGACGUUUCGGAAUUUCAUUCGAACCCAUCAUGAGGGACAGCCGAAGAUAAUGGUGACGGUUGUCUCUGGUGAUGGUUUCGAGUGUGAGUCCGACACUUCGGGCGAGCAAAAUUCUUACCCCAGUGAUCGCAUCUUCUCAUCGGUUGCUUCCAGAAAGUGGCUUGUAUCGGCCGGGUUAUCUAGGCCCCGUCGUCUACUCUUUUCCGCACAUCCGCUCUCUGUAAUACUUCCUUUCGCUGCCCAUUUUAGGUCAAUUUCAGGAGAACGAAACUAAUGUGGUCUACUUCAGGCAGAUUCCGUCACACGUUCUGCAAAAGGUGUGCAGUUACUUCGCCUACAAGGUUCGCUACAGCAACAGUUGCUCGGAGAUUCCGGAGUUUCCUAUCGCACCGGAAAUAUCUCUGGAACUACUAAUGGCGGCCAACUUUCUGGAUUGCUGA